GCAACAAUCCUACUGCCUCAGGCUCCCGUGUGCUGGGAUUACAGACAUGCGCCAUCAUGCCUGGCUUAUCAGCGGAUUUUAGAGUGGGAUCCAAUAUAUGCAGUCCUUUCCACCAUUGAUGCCAGCUGUUUUAAUCCUGGGAGCUGGUCAUUUGGAUUGUGUCUUCAUGGAGAACUUGGCAGUGGAGCUGGCUAGGAGGGGAGAUGCAGAAGGGACAGUGUCUAACAGGAGAGCCUCUGCCAUCAAACUGAAAAUGGCUCCAAAGAUUAAAUGAAGCUGGAAAAACACAUAGAUGCAGCAUUGAAGCUCCUCCAGAUGUUUGGGGAUAAUAUUCCAGAGAGAAAAUUGACGCCUGUGGAUUAACUAACUAGUCAUAAUGAAGAAAAUUAGUCUUAAAACCUUCCGGAAAUCUUUUAACUUAAAUAAAAGUAAAGAAGAAACUGAUUUCAUGGUAGUGCAACAACCAGCAAUAGCCAGCGACUUUGGAAAAGAUGAUGCCUUGUUCGGUAGCUGCUAUGGUAAAGAUAUGGCUAGCUGUGAUAUCACCAGUGAAGAUGAAAAAGGUGGAAAAAACAGAUCAAAAAGUGAGAGCCUGAUGGGUACCUUAAAAAGGCGGCUUUCUUCUAAGCAGAAGCCAAAGGGCAAGGGCAGCACACCGUCAGGAAGCUGUGCCGAUGAGGACACCUUCUCCUCGUCCUCAGCCCCCAUUGUCUUCAAAGAUGUCAGAGCCCAGAGGCCGAUCAGGUCCACUUCCCUCCGCAGUCAUCACUACAGCCCCACACCCUGGCCCCUCCGGCCCACGAACUCUGAGGAGACAUGCAUCAGAAUGGAGGUGAGAGUCAAAGCCUUGGUGCACUCUUCCAACCCAAGUCCUGCGUUGAACGGUGUGCGAAAGGAUUUUCAUGACCUUCAGUCUGAAACUGUAUGCCAAGAGCAAAAUAAUUCUCUAAAGAGUUCCGAUUCUCCCAAUGGAGACUUGCAUCUCCACCUGGAUGAACAUGUGCCUGUAGUUAUUGGACUUAUGCCUCAGGACUACAUUCAGUAUACCGUGCCUUUAGACGAGGGGAUGUAUCCUUUGGAAGGAUCACGUAGCUAUUGUCUGGACAGUUCUUCACCCAUGGAGGUCUCUGCGCUUACUCCUCAAGUGGGAGGGAGCUCUUUUACUGAAGAUGAGAAUCAGGUAGACCAGGACCUAGUCGUUGCCCCAGAGAUCUUUGUGGAUCAGUCUGUGAAUGGUUUGUUGAUUGGCACCACGGGAGUCGUGUUGCAGAGCCCCAGAGCAAGUCAUGAUGAUGUCCCUCCACUUUCACCUUUGCUACCUCCAAUCCAGAAUAAUCAAAUCCAAAGGAACUUCAGUGGACUCACCGGCACAGAUGCCCACGUGGCUGAAAGUAUGCGUUGUCAUUUGAAUUUCGAUCCUAACUCUGCUCCUGGGGUUGCAAGAGUGUAUGACUCUGUGCAAAGUAGUGGUCCCAUGGUUGUGACAAGCCUUACAGAGGAGCUGAAGAAACUUGCAAAACAAGGAUGGUACUGGGGGCCAAUCACACGCUGGGAGGCAGAAGGGAAACUAGCAAACGUGCCAGAUGGUUCUUUUCUCGUUCGGGAUAGUUCUGAUGACCGUUACCUUUUAAGCUUGAGCUUUCGUUCCCAUGGUAAAACACUUCACACUAGAAUUGAGCACUCAAAUGGUAGGUUUAGCUUUUAUGAACAGCCAGAUGUGGAAGGACAUACAUCUAUAGUUGAUCUAAUUGAGCAUUCAAUCAGGGACUCUGAAAAUGGAGCUUUUUGUUAUUCAAGGUCUCGGUUGCCUGGAUCUGCAACUUACCCUGUCAGACUGACCAAUCCAGUGUCUCGGUUCAUGCAGGUGCGCUCUUUGCAGUACCUGUGUCGUUUUGUUAUACGUCAGUAUACCAGAAUAGACUUAAUUCAGAAACUGCCUUUGCCAAACAAAAUGAAGGAUUAUUUACAGGAGAAGCACUACUGAAAGAUUGAGAACCCUGCAUCUUGCACUUUGGGAAAAAAAAAAAGAGAUUGAAAUACAGUUUACAAACUUUCAUUGCCAUCAAAAUACUUUGCUGCCAUAACUAUUUUAGUUUUGUGUGUAACAGAGUCACCAAUUUGUUAGGGGUGGGGAAGUGUCUGCGAGGUGUCUUGGGUUUAUUUGGUUCUUUCAAAAGGGAUGUUUUGAGGUUCUAGAAGUGUGAAUUAUCUUUCAUUAAUGUGCAGAAUAAUCAUAAUGUGAAUUAUCAGAUUCUUAUUGCCCCCCCAGUCCUUUGCUGCUAUCCACUGUGAUUUUUAUGCAUUAAAAGCACAUUUCAUGUGUAUUCAGCCCUAAGUGAAGUUGAAUGAAGCUUAUAGAAUGAAAAUUGCUUUGUCUUUUUAAAUAACCCAUUUUGAGAAGAUAAUGUUGAAUAAACGUGUGUAAUAACAGAAUUUACAUAUACACUGAAAAUGAUUUUUUUAAAUCUCCUUUAAAAAGAUUUAUUUAGAAUUAUGAAUUGACAUAAUCUUGGUUAAUGGAAUGCAAAUCUACAACUUAUCUUUUACAACACUUUUCUAAAUUAUUUUUAAGGUAGUGCUAUUUUUUUUUUUUGAUUGUGAAAACCUAAAUUUUUUUGUUGCCUUCAUUUUCAUCUGUUUGUGUAUUUUAAUAAAUGGCCUUACAUUAAAAAAUUGUAAAGAAUUAUAAACCACCAAUUUAGAAAUUGUUGCCUUUCCUGUCAUUAAACUCGGGUACAAAUUGGCAUAAAGACCUAUGGAGCUAGAACUAUCACUGUAGAAAUUAGUGAUGAUCAUAGUUUCCUGUGAUAGGGCUCUUGUGUUAUAUGUACUUUCUUUCGGUUAAAUAUUUUAUCUGCAAUUUCUUUAGUCAGCAGUUUUUGGGGUGAACUUGUACAACCAACUUUUAUAAAUGGACUGGAUUCUUUUAUAACAUUGAAGUUUUAAGUCAAUUUGAAUAUAAAAAAUAGAUUCUUUUGAAGUUGGAUUUAAUUUUCUUAUGUAGUUGCUAUUAAAUUGUGCUAGAUUUGUCCCCUUCUCAGUAAAAACAACCUUUAAUGACUUUAGCUGAAAAACCUUGGAAAUUGUGGAGCAUCAUGUCACAGAAAAAUCUAAGCCCAUACCAGAUACACGGAAGUUUUUUUUCCUUGCUGGAUACACUGCAGUUUAAGAAUAGGGUUUUUAUUUUUCUAAGUUUACUGUAUUUUGAGUAAUUUCACACCUCUGGUUUUUCACCUCCUUGAUUCAGUCACUGGGUUGUUACACCUAAUAAUUUUUAAAUGCAGAACAUUUCAUUUAUUUCACAAUAUUGUAGUGUCGUAUCUUAGGAUUGUUCUGUUCAGAAAAUGUGUUCAGCCACACAAGCUUUAAAGGAAAAUGUUUCUAUCUUAGAUGAACAUGUAAUUUGUGGUGUUUUUCCUUUGUCAAAGUUUCCCUUUUACCCUUUUUAAAAAUGAGGGUACAAGUAUUCGGUCAAACUUGCUGGCUUUGUUGUUCAAACAUAUCUGUAUUCUCAGUUUUUCCUGUAUUUGCUUUUUAGGGUCAGAACUGAGAUAUUGCCAAGAAAAGGCACAAUGCCAUAGUAUCACAGUGUUAUGAUAAUUUUGACCUAAAAGGAGAAAGAGACUUAAUUUUGGUGGGACGUUGAUUGCAUCUUGUUACAAAGUCUCCUCUUUCCAACAAGAUAAAAUGGAAUAUACUAUAAUAAUAUAAUUUAAGUAUUCACUAUAAGCUGUUUGGAUUAAGAACUAUUGCAGAGUUGUAAGCUUACUGUCAAAUUAGUGCAAGACAUGUAACUAUUUUUUUGCAAAAUUAUUUAUUUUUAAGCAGUGUAAAAUACAUGUAGGGUGAGUGGAAAGUCCCUAUGCAUCUAUGUUGGAUGGCAGGUGCUGUCACAGUUGCUGUGUAGUAGUGCUAAGUGUCAGGUGGCAUCUCCGUAUCUCCUGAAGCGUUUACACAUCCUCCUGGGAUGAGUGGGGCACAGACUCCGGACUGCGCCCAGCCUGUCUCACGUGGAUGUAACGUGGUCCCUGCAUUUUCUCUUGAUACUGUACGUUUAAGAUCUACCCAUUUAGUUUCAAGAUUAUUCUCAUUUUCAUCUGAAUGUUUUAAAAACUGUAUUUUGUGUUUUUUUGGAAGGCAAGUGCUGAUUCUGUUCUAAUUCAGAAAGCAAAUUUUUGAUGUGCUUUUCUGUAUUCAUAAUAUAAAAUAUCUUCUUAAAGUAAUAUGCCCUACUCUAAUCCAAUUUGAAACCAUUAGGUUCUGCUGAUGUAUUUGCCAAAAAUUAAAUUUACAAACCAGGUAUGUGCAAAAUUUUCUGAGUUUGUGUAGAGAGGCAGCCAACUGAUAGAGGUAGCACCUUGUAAUGGGGAGAUGGACUUUAUGUGAUACAUCAACAGCCUGGUGAAAUACGGGAAUGGAGGAAAGAGAUGAUCCCUGUAGCUCGGUCUAGAUGCAGUUUGGUCUUUUGGGGAUUAUUGAAAGAUAACUUCUAUGAUAAGAACAGAAUCUGUACGUGAUUCUUAAGUGUAUACUUUAAAAAAUCUGAGCUUGAGGUAAGAAAAAAAACAGGAAAGCUAUAUCCAUUUGCUACAAUAAAUGAAUCAGAGGUGGUAUUGUAAAAAUCAAAUACUUCAUCACAAAACAUGGAGGCUGGAAGCUCUUUUGAGGUUUACUAGGACACUAUUACACAUUUUCAUAAGUAAUAAGAAAGCUGUAGAAAGUACUUGAAAAAUAUCUUACUCUUUCUACUUGGUGCAAUAAUUAAAAAUUUAGAAGGUCACAUUUUAUCACAGGAAAUGAUCAUAGAACUAAAAAUAGUUUUAAGGAAACCAGCUACACGGGACAACCCUCUUGCUAUUGAAAAGAAUCAUGUGCCAAAAGGCUAAAUCAUUGGCAUAUAGGAAAUAAAACACAACGUAGACAUAUUUUCUGAGCCAAUAUUGUUGAAACAAUAUGAAAGUUACUAAAAAUCUUGAAUAGAUUUAUGCAUUGUUUCUGCUAGUGCUAUACGUCUAACAGUGCUUUAAGGAAUGCCAAUUUUGAUUACAUUUCUCAUUGUAUAUGAGAUAAUUGUUUUAUGAAUGAUUCAAAAUAAUAUAUUUUGAUUUAAAUCUUAAUUGCAUUUCAUUGAACAUGAAGUAUUAAUUUGAAAAUGAAAUUACACUACCAGCAAUAGACAGUUUUGUUGAAUACUCUAAUAAGGAACAAUAGCCAGUUCCAUAAAUAACAAAUUCAAAAGGUAUUGGUACGCUAGUAAUCACAAAUUUGGUUUCUUUUAAUACAUUUUUAAUCCUGCAAGAAGGUUUUUAUAAACAUCCUUUUUAUUGAUGAGUCAUAACAUGGCAAAAGUAUGUAGUUGCAGUUUCUGAAAAUUGAUCCAAAUUCUACAUCCAGAGGUGUUGGGAAAUGCUUAGAGAAUUUUGUAAUAGUAUAUAUGUUGGGUUAAAGAAAUUUCAUAGUUGUUGGAGUGCCAUGAAAUUAAUACUUGGAGUCCAGAUUGCUGUAGUUUACACUUUUUCUGUAUGUUUCAAAUCAGGUGUGUACCAUUUGUACUGAGAACAUCGCAGAAUGAACUAUCCAAAGUCCAUUGAUUUUAAUAUGUGUUUUGGUUUGUAAACAAAUUAUAGUAAUUUCUUGCACAUUUUUGGAAAUUAAUUAUAUAAGAAUAUGUAUCUGCUUCUAGAUACAAUGUGUAAAUAAAAAUUUCAUUCACAAGA